AUGCUUAUACUACUUCUUUUAGUAAUUAAUCAAGUGAACACCUAAGCAAUAGAAUCCAAAGGAGUUAUUUUAGAAUAACCUUAAAGUGAAGAUCUUUUUUCAAUAAUUUUUGAAUUUAGAUCAACUGAAAAAAUAAAUAAAUUGGAUAUUUACCUUAACAAACUUAAAUGUUUAGAAACUUCAACAGUAAUAUAAUUAAUAUAUAAAUUAGAUAAUACCAAUAAUCAAAAAUAAUAAACCAAAUCCUUAUACAUUCGAACUAGAUCUUAAAAACAAUAUUCUAAAAGUCUAUUUGGAGAUUGAAAAGAAUGUUUUUUCAUAAUAAGAGAUUAAGUUUGAAGCUACUUAGUUUUACUAUCCUACAUACAAUUAAACAUUAGAAUACAAUGUUUUAUUUGAAAGUAAAGAUUCAAUUGUUUGUUAAAUAACAAGAAAUGCAAUGUUAUUAUAAUCUUUAUAAAUUACACAGGAAAUAUCUAUAACACAGGAUUAUUAAGAUUUAAAUAUUCAAUUUAUCAAUUACUAUAAAAACCAUCUUUAUGAUGUUAUAGUAAUCAAAUUUAUUCCAACUUAUCCAUUUGAUCUAUCUUUUUAAUCAUGUGAAGGCAUUUAAAAUAUAGGGAAGAAUUUAAAUUGUUGGAAGAACAACAAUAAUAUAUAUAUUCAGUAAAAACCUGAAGAUUUUAUAGAAAAAAACAAUCAAAACUUAAUAAAAUUGAAAAUCAAAGGUUUUCUUAAUCCAUAUUAUAUUGGAAAAAUAAAAAUAUUAGUCUUAAUAUAACCUAUUCAAUUUCUAGAUACAUCUAUAAUUUCUUCAUAUUUUUAUAGUUAAUAUGAAGUCAAAAGCUAAAAAAAUAAAUAGGUCUAACUUUCUUAAUCAAGUAAAUAUAUUAAUUCAAUAUCAUAAAUUGAAUUAAUAAUUAAUACUUUAAGAUUUAAUAAAUACUUAUAAUUAGAAUUAUAUAUACCAAAUUAAUCAACUAAUGAUCUAAUUUUUAAAUCAAAUGACAAUAAUAUGAAAGUUAAUGUAAUAUCUACAGCAAAUAAAGAGAUUCAAUUAUUAAAAUUAACUAUUAAUGAACCAUAAACUAAUUAUGAUAUCAAAUUACUCAUAGAAAAUUAUUAAAAUCCAGCUAUUCCCUCAGAAGAAAAAUGUCUCUAUUUUUUGACAGAAACCUUUAAUACAUUUGAUGAUCCAUUAUAGAUUUAAUAUGGAAAAGGGAUAUUAAGUUUUAUUCCAAAUUAUAUAAAUUUGAUUCAAAUAUAAUCCACCAACAAUUACAUUACUAAAAGUACUAAAGCAACCAUUAAAUUUGGAAUCGACAUUAAUUUAUCAAAAGAUUGUAAUAUAUAAUCUUUAAUUUUAGGUUUAUUGAAUGUUAAAUUUAAUCAAAACUUAAAUACAUCCAAGAUUUCUUCCUAAAAUUAAGUUGUUAAUGAAAACACAUUAAGUUUAUAUGGAGUAUUUUCUGAAUAAAAAUCAGAAUACACAAUUGAAUUUAAUAAUAUUAUCAAUCCAAUAGUACCUAGUAAGUUUAAUUAUGUUGAUCUAGAAAUAAUAUAUUUUAAUAACAUCAUAGCAUCUAAUUAAAAUUAAAUUGAAGUUGAAAUAAUACCAGAAAUUUUAACAUUGAAAAACAUUAAUCUUGAUUAUAUAAUAGCAAACUCAUACACAACUUUUAAAUUAGAAAUUAAUUUUAAUGUGUAACAUCCAUACUUAACUAAUAUUGAAAUUUAGUUUGAUCCAUUAAAUAUUAAUUUUAAUUAAAUUACUAAAUAGAUUUAAUGUUUUUUAGACAAUUAAGAUUAUAUUUGUUAAAUUCAUCAAACCAAAUUAACAAUUUUUGGUGUUGGUUUGACAAAAAAUUCUAUUUUAUUAGAGAUUUUAUAUUUUCCAUAUCCAAAAUCAAUACAACCUUUAAUCAUUGAAUCAAUUAGAUAAUUCAAUAAUAGUAAUAUUCUAUUAUAAACUGAUUAAACUUAUUUAAUUUAACCUAAAUACUGUAGAGAAUUUAACCAAUUUUAGAUAUAAUUAUAAUAAAUAAUUUAGCAAUAAGAAUUAGUUCCAAUUAACAUCGGAAUAAUGCCUUCACAAGAUAUUUUAGAAAAUGAAUUCUUAAUUUUUGUGUUUGAUAAUAAUAUGAUAAUAGAAAAUGAUGUUUAAUGCUAAAUUAACAGUUAUUUAGUGAAUAUAGAAUGUGAAUUAAAAAAUGAAUAAAUAAAAAUAAAAAUUGUAAGUGGAUCCCUUAUUCAUAAUAUGAGUUAUAGCAUAUUGAUAAAUAAAGUAAAAAUUCUUGGAAAUCUUAUUAAUUUUAAGUUGAGUGCCUUCACCUAAAAUAAUUUUCUUUAAUAGUAAUCAUAAUACACUCAUGUUAAAAAAUAAUAAUCUCAGUCAAGUGAGUUUCUAGAAUUUACAUUUGAUCCUAUAGAUUCUGAAUAUUCAGCCUAAAGUAGUUAUAAUUUAUUUUUUGAAAAUGCAAUUAAUAUUCCUGCCUAAGGAUAUUUAAAAUUAUCAGCCGCAGAAUUGAAUAUCAAUUUUCUAUCAGGCUAAGUGAUUAAAGUUUCAGGAAAUGAAGACAUUCUUAAUUAAAAAAUAAUAAAGUAAGACUAAAAAUAUAGUUUAUUGUUUUAUUUUGAAAAAGAAGUAUUUAGUGGAAUGCAUUUAUUUAGAUUGUAAAAUAUUAGUAAUCCACUUUAUAAAUAAAAGAAAGAUUAUUAUAAUUUUUAAUUGGAAAGCUAUGAUUAAAAUAAUAAUCUUUUAGAAUAUAAAUAAUAUGAUCUCUAUUUUAUUUUUGUAUGUCCAUAAUCAAAAUGCUUAAUUUGUAAUUAAUAAGAUUAUUGUGAUAAAUGUGAUGCUGAUUAUGUAUUAUAUUAAGGUUAAUGUUUAAAAGAAUGUCCAAUUUAAACUGUUUUGAUUAACAAUCAAUGUUAAAGAUGUAAUUCAGGUGCAAGUUGUUUAGUUUGUAGUAAUGUAGAUACUGUUUUAUGCAUUAAAUGUAAUGAUGGAUAUGAUUUAAUUAAUGGAUUCUGUAUUUGGACAACAUAUUUAAAUUAAACUUAAAGUUAAAAUCCGUCAAAUAAUAUUACUAAUAAUUCUAAUGUAUAUUUUAAUAAAAAUACAACUAUUUAAACAAAUUAAACAAUCUAAACACAAUUAAUAUUUGAUGUCCAUAUAUUUGCAAUUAUUGUAUUAUCAUCUGCUAUUAUAUUUAUACUAAGAAAUAUUUUUUAAAAAAAAACUGAUUUUUAAAAUGCAUAUCUGGCUUUUAGUGGAUUAUCAGAUUUUGCUUUACAAUUUAUUUCAUUUUUAAUAAUAAUUAUUAAUUACACUAUUUUCUAAUCUAUUAUUUCACUAACAUUAUGCUUUUUAACCAUUUUCUAAUAACUCUAUGCAUAUAAGACAAUAAAACAUUAAUUAUAAGUUGAUUCUAGCUAUUAAAAAUAUUUAGAUAGUAGGUUUGCAUAAAUAUUAAGAUUUUUGACUUUAUAUAUUGAUUGGAAGGUUAUCUUUAUUCAUAAAUCCAGUAUUACUAAUUCUAAAUUAUUUUCAAUUGAAUUUUAAAAUGAAAUAAGAAUUUUAAGAUUAAUUUUCUUUUUCUUCCUCAUUAAAAUUUCUAUUAAUAUAGUAAAUUUAGGGAUGUUAGGCAUAAUCUUAAUAACCUAAGAUUAAAUAGCAUAAUUGAUUUACGAAUCUAUAUUUUAUAAUUUAGCUAUGAUUCUUAUUUAAUUAAAUAAGAUGUAUUAAAUAAAACUUACUUUGAAAAAUUAUAAUCAUUAAGAUAUUUUGAUAGAUUAGAUAAAUAUUGAAUAAAAUAAUCAAGAAUAAUAGAAAAUAACAGCAAAGGUAACUCCAGAAAGUAUGAUUAUUUAAUAAGAUUGA